ACAUUGUUGGAUAAACACACGUCAAAGUGGGGUAGCGUGAAACUUCUAAUGAAUCAUGUGAAUUCAUUAAUAUCUUUGGAAUGUAUCGAUGACAUUGCUUUAUUUUUCGGCGUUUCGUAGUCUUGGCUGUUUACGUCAUUUGGAAAUUCAGUCGUAAUGAUAACUGAGAAAGGUCAAUGCUAUAAACCCGGUUUAUAUGUUCAGAUCUGUUAGGAACAAGGCUUGAAGAUGAGCUCUCAGAAAAGUUCUUCAGUCCCCACGGGGGAUAUUACACCCAUCCAGCAAAUGAUUGCGUCUUGCUCUGGGGCAAUUAUUACGUCACUGUUUGUAACACCUCUGGAUGUGGUGAAGAUCAGACUUCAGGCGCAAAAGAUUCCUUUUCCCAAAGGAAAGUGUUUUGUGUAUUGUAAUGGCCUUAUGGAUCAUAUAUGCGUCUGUGAGAAUGGCAAUUCAAAGGCAUGGUACAAAACACCUGGUCAUUUCACUGGCACUUUGGAUGCCUUUAUUAAGAUUAUACGUAUGGAAGGAAUCAGGUCUCUGUGGAGCGGCCUUCCUCCAACAUUAGUGAUGGCAGUGCCUGCAACUGUAAUAUAUUUCACAUCUUAUGAUCAGCUAUGUGCCAGUCUUAAGCUCAGGAUGGGAGACCAUUCAGUUUAUGCGCCGCUGUUGGCCGGCGCCAUCGCGAGAGUGGGCUCAGUCACAGUAAUCAGCCCCCUGGAGCUGAUCCGCACAAAGAUGCAGUCUGAGAAGCAGUCGUACCGGGAGCUGAGCGCCGUGAUCCGGUCAGCGCUGCACAACGAGGGGUGGCGGUCCAUGUGGAGGGGUUGGGGACCCACGCUGCUCCGAGAUGUCCCAUUCUCAGCGAUGUACUGGUUUAACUAUGAGAAGGGUAAAGCCUGGCUCUGUCAAUACUACAACUAUACACAUCCAACAUUUGCCAUCACAUUCACAGCUGGAGCACUGUCUGGAUCAUUUGCAUCGAUCGUCACACUGCCGUUCGAUGUGGCCAAGACAAAACGACAGGUAGAACUGGGUGAACUGCAGACAAUGAAAUUGUCCACGCAAGUUUCAUCCAGCACGUAUAAUGUGAUGAAAAGGAUAGUUGCUGAAAAUGGAGUAUCAGGACUAUUUGCUGGUUUUAUGCCGAGGCUGAUUAAAGUGGCUCCGGCGUGUGCUAUAAUGAUCAGCACUUAUGAGUUUGGAAAAGAAUUUUUCCGCAAAUACAACCAGCAGAAACAAAGCGUGACCCGACUGCAGCCCAACACGUGAUCUCACUUGGAAAACAACUAAUUAAGAACAACACUUUAUCAAUACCUUGCUGUGAAAUAAAUCAGUAUUUACAUUAUCUAGUAAAUAUUUAAAAGUAACAGAGCGUCUUCCACUUAGGUCAGAGUGAUUAAAAAAAAAAAAGUUUAAUAUUUGUAUUUUGAUUUUUUUUAAUUAGAGAAGAGGUGAAAAACAAACCCUUUCAAAUGAACAUGUUUUUUUUGUUUGUUUUUUUUGUUUUUUUAGCAAACUGACACCAAAUUUAUUCCCAUCAGACACAUCAGCCAUGAUAAUCCUUGUAAUUUUAUUCUACCUGAUUUGAUUUUAGACUUUUAAAUCGUGUUUUAAAUGUCUUAGUAGUGUUUGAGUCAUUUCUUUUUGAGGUUUGUGUUAAAUGAAGACAGUGUGUGCCAAAAAUUUAACUGAUGAGAGGGUUUGCAAUGAUCUGUACUUAAAUCAAUGAUUUUUAAUUGUUGAUUAAUAUAUUUCUUGACCCACUGCCUAAAAAGUGUGAAUAUUCACAGCUUUUAAAACAAUUGCACUAUAUGUCCUUUGCUUUUUAAGUGCUUCAAUAAAGAUUUAAAAUCUC